CAAACACAACCAUACCCUAGGUACUGUCAGGGACAUGAUCAUGUAGAUCGUCAAACCACGCCUCCUCUUGAACUUCACCAACAAUGAGCACGAACACACCGUUGUUAGAGACCAUUGAACCCGAUGAUCCUUCGACGGCGCAUGCUCCGUCUAGAAACACUACGUCCAAUACUCGGCCUGCAGUAGUAUUGACACCUAAUAAUAUGGCUUCUGCUCCAGCUGAUGCAGAAUCAGGCAUUGCUGGUAUAUUUAGACAGUCUGCACAUCCUGCAGCUUUGUUUUGCCUCUAUUUCUUCAGGACAUCCGCCAUCGCCGUGUACAUUUUAUGUGGACUGUUGACAGACAAUUAUGUCCUUUCUACGGUGGUGGUAGUUGUCUUACUUGCAAUGGACUUCUGGAAUUGUAGAAACGUUGCGGGACGUACCCUUGUUGGCCUGCGUUUCUGGAACCAGGUGGACGACGAUGGGGAGAGCUAUUGGGUAUUCGAGAGCAGAGACCCAUCAAGACCAGCAAAUCCAGUGGAUGCUAAGAUGUUCUGGAUAGCUCUUUACGUGUUUUCAGCACUCUGGUUGUUGCUCUUUAUAGUCUCCAUUCUCCAUUUCAGCCUCUCGUUUAUACCCAUUGUGGCUCUAGCGCUUGUCUUCAAUUUUACCAAUGCCGUUGGAUUCACAUAUGCAGACAGGGAUGCAAAACAAAGAUGGGCCAAUAGUAUUGCGUCUUCCGGAUGGAAUAUGGGAAUGGGGGGAAUAGGUGGGCAGAUCCUGAGCAGCGCCAUGAAGAACAGUGUCGGGAGAUUGUUCGGAUGAAUGGAUGAUUGAAGGUUCAUUCAUCAUACUUGAUUCCAAAGGCCAGUUGUGAUAUAGCUAAUGUUACACAAGUGCGAAAGUUGCAAUAAUAAAUGCUGACAGUCCAAAUGAAAACAAUGGACAUGAAGAUGAAAACAAUGAACACGAAGAUGAAAA